AUGGCGCCUGGACGCAUACCGAGACGCGACUCGCUGACCACGGCCAUGGUCCCCAUUUCGACACCAGCAGCACAGCGAAGCCCGAUCAAGCAACGCAAGAUGGGAAUCACCGCACAGCAAAAACAGGCCCUCAUAGAUAAUCUCCAGCUAGAGAUUACCGAACGUGCUAGGAGACUACGAGCCCAGUAUAACAUGCAGGCGCAGGGCCUGCGGUCACGCAUAGAAAUUCGCGUCAACCGAAUUCCCAUGGCAUUACGCAAGUACAAGAUACAGGAUCUACUCCUCAAGUACUCGGAGAAGGAGCAGCAGCGCACCGUGGCGGCACCCACGACGCGCCUGGCCGCCUCCGCCACCCUCCCCUCGAAUCGGACACAAACACAGAGGCCCGCUGCUGUCGCAACGCAGAGCCAGAGCGACCACUUCCACGGCGACAAGGAGAACGAAGUCGAGCAUUUCGAAAACUCCAAGCAGAAGCCUCGCGGCGCAGCGCAGGGCGCCGAAGCGGCCCACGUACGCCCCGGCCAGGUCCUUUCGCCCACGUCAUCCAACUCUCGUCUCAACAAGGGUCGCCCGGUAACGUCCCCCGCCAAGCUGCAGGCGCCUCGGCCAGGAUCUCCUCUGAAGGGAAGCGCAUCGUCGAGGACCGCUGCCGCAACCAGCAUGCUGUCCAACUUUGUCGAGAAGGCCAAGUUGGUCCGCGCCACGGGAACGCGUAAAGUGACGACUGCGUCCAGCACGAGCUCCAGCUCUGGUAGCGGCAGUGGUGCUGCGCCCCCCGCAAAGUCCACGAGACACGCAACCGCCGCCACCGCUGCGUCGGUGGCCAAGACACCCGUCUCGUCGAGGACGACAGCGACGUCGCGCAUGGGUCGACGCGCCAGUCUGACGAGCGAGACGAGUGAGGCGAGCAACAGCACAGACAUCAGGAAGGGCGCAACUUCCAGAGCCGGCGCAACUUCCAGAGCCGGCGCGACUUCCAGAGCCGGCGCGACAUCAAGAGCUGGUGCGACAUCUAGAGCCGGCGCAACUUCCAGAGCCGGCGCAACAUCCAGAGCCGGCGCAACAUCCAGAGCUGGCGCAACAUCCAGAGCUGGCGCGACAUCUAGAGCUGGCUAUGCUAUGCCUACGGCCAGUGGAAAUGCCAAGAAGACGCCCGUGAAGUCCACGGCAGCUCCGACGACUCGAACGGGUAGGGUUUUGCGUAAUCGGGGAUGA